AUCAAUUUCCUUUGCCCUAACAAUUGAGACGCGCAAAAUUCUGAAGACUUUGUCUACUCGCCGCUCAGCUUCAGUACCUGAUUAUGUUACUGCCUCACUCCGUUUCAAGUACAUGUGUAAAAGUUUUGUUUUAAGACAGAUUCAUGUUUCCCACAGGGAUAGAUCUUGAGCAGCCCUCUGGACAGUGUCAUACAGAAGAUAUGGAUGUUACUGUGUUGGGUAACAGGGAUGAAAGGCAUGAUGCAGGUCAAGUCAGCAUAAAUUCUUGUAAUGUUGAUGUGGUUAUUAAGGAGAAUACAGGGCCAAAUGUUAGUGGAGUAAUGCGGGAUGGUAGACAGGAAGUGCAUGCCAGAGAUGGAAUAAACCUGAAUUCUGUAAAUAAUUUAGAGCCUCAUGAUGGCAUGGAGUUUGAAUCAAAAGAGGAAGCAUUUUCAUUCUACAAAGAAUAUGCCAGGUCUAUAGGAUUUGCAACUGUAACAAAAGCUAGCCGUCGAUCAAGAAUUUCUGGAAAUUUUAUUGAUGCAAAAUUUGUCUGCACUAGAUAUGGGAAGAAGCGAGAAUCUAGAUCGCUGGAGACUGUAGAACCUGUUCUGAACGCAGAUGAUACUACUGUUCCUCUCAGGAAGAAACGGAAUAGAGUUAAUCAAUCUUGGUCAAAAACAGAUUGCAAGGCUUGCAUGCAUGUUAAAAGAAAGCAAGAUGGGAGAUGGAUUAUUCAUAGUUUCAUCAAGGAACACAACCACGAGAUUUUUCCAGAUGAAGCCUAUCAUUUUCGAGGCCAUAGAAAUUUAGAUAUAGGUAAGAGUAAUGUUGAUUCCUCAAAUGCUAUCCGUGCAAGAACAAAAAAGAUGUUUGUUUCCAUGUCCAGACAAUCAGCUGGGUAUAAGACAUCCAAGAAUCAGAUGGGUGGUGCUGCAAAUCAGUUCGCUAACAGUAAGCAUUUAGCUUUAGAUGAGGGAGAUGCUCAAAUUAUGCUUGACCACUUUAUCUCCAUGCAAGAUGAAAAUCCCAACUUCUUUUAUGCUAUAGAUCUUAAUGAAGAGCAUCGUUUGAGGAAUGUUUUCUGGGUUGAUGCAAAAGGUAGACUUGAUUACAGCUAUUUUGCUGAUGUAGUUUUCUUUGAUACCACUUUUAUUAAGAAUGAGUAUAAAUUACCAUUUGCACCCUUCAUUGGUGUCAAUAAUCAUUUUCAGCCUCUGGUGCUUGGAUGUGCCUUAGUUGUUGAUGAGAGUAAAUUAACAUAUGUCUGGCUUUUGCGGGCAUGGCUUAGAGCAAUGGGUGGCCGUGCUCCAAGAGUUAUUCUAACUGACCAGGACAAAACAUUGAAGGAAGCUAUUGCAGAGGUCUUUCCUGAUACUCGUCAUUGCUUUUGCUUGUGGCAUAUAUUGAGUAAGAUACCUGAGAAGCUUGCUUAUGUUACAAGGCAAGAUGAAAAUUUUAUGGGCAAAUUUAACAAAUGCAUUUUGAAAUCUUGGACAACUGAACAGUUUGAAAAGAGAUGGGGGAAAUUUGCUGACAGAUUCAAUUUGAGAAAUGAUGCAUGGUUUCAAUCAUUGUAUGAGGAUCGUGAACUAUGGGUACCUACAUUCAUGAGAGGCACUUUUCUGGCAGGGUUGUCUACAGCACAACGAUCAGAUUGUCUGAACACUUUGUUCGAUAAAUACAUCCAGAGGAAAACUACAUUGAAGGAGUUUCUAGAUCACUAUAAAGCAAUUUUACAAGAGAAGUGUGAAGAGGAAGCUAAAGCAGAUUUUGAAACUUGGCAUAAACAGCCUGGAUUGAAAUCACCAUCACUUUUUGGAAAACAAAUGGUGACUAUGUAUACACAUGCAAUAUUUAGGAAAUUCCAAGUUGAGGUUUUGGGAGUAGUUGCAUGCCAUCCUAGAAAAGAAUGUGAAGAUGGAGCUGUCAGAACUUUUAGGGUUCAAGAUUUUGAAGAAAAUCAAGAUUUCAUAUUGGUUUGGAAUGAAACAACAGCAGACAUAUCUUGUCUGUGCCAUGGAUUUGAAUUUAAUGGUUUUCUUUGUAGACAUGCACUGAUUGUUCUCCAGAUGUCUGGUGUACAAAGCAUUCCAUCUCAAUACGUAUUGAGACGAUGGACAAAGGAUGCAAAGGGUAGGCAAACUGCAAGAGAACAGACAGCCAAUCUUGAGUCUAGGGUUCAACGCUAUAAUGAUCUGUGUCAACGGGGCUUUAGACUGGGUGACGAAGGAUCCUUGUCUCAAGAGAGUUAUGAUAUUGCACUAAAUGCACUGGAAGAAGCAUUGAGAAAGUGUGAGAGUGUCAAUAGCUCAACUCCAAGUAUAUCAGUGCCAACCUCACCACCAAGACGGGGCCCCCAUGAUAUUGAAGAAGCGAACCAUGGUAACAGCACAUCCAAGGCAAAAAAAAAAAAUGGCACAUCCCAGAAAAGACAAGUAAAUCAAGAACCUGAGGCCAUUAGCAUUGGGCUGCAAGACAACUGGCAUCGAAUGGGACCACCAAGUAUACAAGCAUCAGCCCUCGACUGCUCUUAUGAAUCACAAGCAAACAUGCAUGGGCCGGAACAAUUGAACUCAAGAACUCCAUCAUCAGAUGGUUUGUUUGGUACUCAACAACCUGUGCAAGGAAUGGGUCAAUUAAACUCAGUAACACCAGGUCGUGGUGAUUUUUAUAGCAAUCAGCAUGGCAUGCCAGGGCUGGGAAAAUCGAACUCAUUCACUCCAAUCCAUGGUGCUAAUUACAUGACUCAACAAAGAUUACAUGGGAUGGGACAGUUACAUUUCAGAGCACAAACUAUUCCCGGUGUUUUGGACAUACAUGAUGAUUUAGAAAAUAUGGACCAAUCUAAUGUAGGAGCCUCUCAAUCGCAUGGAGAGGCAUCAAAACAGCUGCAUUCGAAGAACAUCUCUCGUUAACCGAUGAUAAAUUAGUUAUCAAACAAAGGUUUGCAAACUGUCAGUAGAUUGAAGAAUUCUCUUUUCCUCCGCUGUAGAUUAGUAAAGGUUCUGCAGUAAUUUUGUAUAUUUUGUUGUGCCAUCCAAGUAUUACUGAAACGUUUUUUAAAUUUAUGAAUAUAUUCUUCCCGGAUUUCAUUUUUUUUUGUACUCCAAAAUUUGUAUUUAUUCUUCCCAGGUUUCCUGUUUACUCCAAAAUUUGAAUUGAAUUCGACAAUUAUGGGAGUAAUUUGCACGUUCUGUCUAGCAAGUUAGGCAACAUUAUGCACUCUAAGAUCAUGGUAGCUUAAUUGAUAAGCUACAUAAAGGAAAAUGGUUGAAAUCCUCUCACACUCACCACAGAAGAUGGAGGCAAGAUAAUAAUAUGAGUGUAUUGUU